CUUUAGAUAUUGCCGAGCCGUUUAACAGCACUUUAUUGGUUUUGGUCACGGAAUGGGGGAGUUCGUGGAACAAAGCUUGGAAAGUUUACUUCCAACUUUCGAACAGCUCAGCUUCGUUCAGUUGUUCACAGAGAGUGAAGUAGCUGCUUUCAUCAAGCGCUGUCGACAGUUCGAGUACAGACUUAAUAAACAUGAGAAAACACCUAGAGAUUUCGAUCUCUAUGCUGACUACCUGUGUGACUUCCUUAAGCUGCUGAAAGCUCGCCGAACAAGAAUGCAGUAUUGGCAGAAACUGAAGAUUAUAGAUAGACCGUUGCUCAAGAAAGUUGCUAGCAUCUAUAGAAGAGCGGCAGAUCGUUUUCAGGGAGAUUUCCAUCGUUGGGAAAAGCUCAUCAGCUUUUUGAGUGAGCACACAAUGCGCCGUGAGUUAGCAGCUGCAUACACUAGGGCUUUACAGAUACAUGGACAAAAUGAAAAUCUUCGCAGAGAUUUUGCCUUGUGGCAGUUUUUCUCCGCUGCUAGUCCUCAGAAUGCCCGGACUCAAAUAUUGGCAUCUCUCCGCUUGUUUCCACACUCACCCCUACUGUACACCGCUUUUUUCACAAUUGAAUUGCAUUUCGUAGAAAAAGUGCUGAAACGGCGAAAGUUCAUCACAGAAGAGCGAGGCAAACGCAAGAAAGAUGCGGACGAAAGUGAUACCGAACGUGUGUACGACGAAGAGGUUUCGGACAGUAUAAUGAACUUGGACGUAGUUAGAACAGUUAUCGAACAAGCUCUCUCCGCAGUCCCUCCUGCUCAGGCUUCAGGUAUGCUUGUGGAAAUGUGGAAGGAAUGCAGCAACGUUACUCUGGUACCCAACAUUGAAAAAAUCAAGAAUUUCCUUGUGGACAAAUUGAAGGAAUUUGACAAUGAGGACACGAGGUUGUUCGAGAUUGAAGAGGCCUGCAAAGGCGGAAGCUCAAAAUUUGAUGCAUUUGAAUCGGCCGUUGCUAAAACACCCACCGAAAAGAUGUAUCGUCUCUACUUGGAGUGGCUCCGCGAAUUGUCGACAAAAGAUGCUUUCUCCGAAAUGAAGACUCGGUCUCUAUUGAGGAAGAUUUGUGAAGGUGGCUGGAUGACAAGUAAGGAUUGGGUAGAACUUGAGAAGUCUAUGGAAGAAGCUGAAGAUGAAUUUGACGAUCAAUUUCUUGAGAAAUGUUCGCAGCAAAGACCGGAAUCUGCUAGACUGUGGCAAAUCUAUCUUGAAAGGCGAUUGGAGGGCAGCAGUGAUCCAAGCCAGUUCAGGGAAUUAUGUAAUCGUGCCCUGGAAAAGGUUGAUCCGGAAGAAAGUUUUCCCAUAUGGGAGCUCGCUAUCGAUCAUACUAUCAUAAACGCACCUAGUGAAGUAGAGCAGGUCUUUCAAGAUGCCAUCAAGCAUUCACUCACCUCAGUCUCAUCCAGAAUCAAAAUACUUUUCGUGGAUUAUCUUAAGCAACUGCUUGAUGAUAAAGUAAUCACAUUGAAACAAUAUAAGGACAGAAUUACGAAGCUUGUGAGCAGCAAGCCUAACAGUUCCGAUUUCUACUGUCAUGUACAUAGAAUAGAACUGGAUCGUGCAGAUCCGGAUGUGAAGUUCGCUGGAUCUGUACUGAAUGCAGCAGUGAUCGAGGAGUCUGCUACAGUCGAGGCAGUGAUAUUAUACGCAAAAUGGGCAUUGAAGUACGACAUCUCGAAGUUUCAUGUGGUUCACCAGACUGGUCUCAAGCUUUUCAAAGGUGUUGAACUUGAUCACUUCCUGGUCGAAUGGACGAAGCUAGUACAAAAUCUGGCUAGUGAUGUGGUGAAGAACGAUCAAGAUAACGUUGUGAAAGAAGGGGAAGCUACCUCCCCCAAGCCUGUUGCUAAAGCCAAAGAAGAAGAGUGCAUAACUACGGUCGCAGUUGAUGAUAAUGAAAAGGAAUCUAAAAAGCCGGUGAAACGAAGAAGUGUUUUGCGAAAGGGCAGCCCGCGGAAAGUAACCAAAUUGAGAUGAUAAUGAUAGAUGAUAGAGAGUAACAUUCUAAAAAUUGUCUUGUUCUAAGGUUUGAAUAGUGAUUGUCU